CUCGCCCGGUGCCGCAGGGAAAGGCCAACAAUUUGGUCCGCCAUGUUCUUCUGCGCGGCGCUCCAGGCCAAGGCGGCUGGUCUCACCGCCCAGUGGGGGAGACAUAUAAGGAAUUUACAUAAGACAGCUGUGCAAAAUGGAGCUGGAGGAGCCUUAUUUGUGCACAGAGAUACUCCUGAGAAUAACCCAGAUACUCCAUUUGAUUUCACACCAGAAAACUAUAAGAGGAUAGAGGCAAUUGUAAAAAACUAUCCAGAAGGACAUAAAGCAGCAGCUGUACUUCCAGUCCUGGAUUUAGCUCAGAGACAGAAUGGAUGGCUGCCCAUCUCUGCUAUGAACAAGGUUGCAGAAGUUUUACAAAUACCUCCAAUGAGAGUAUAUGAAGUAGCAACUUUUUAUACAAUGUAUAAUCGAAAGCCAGUUGGAAAGUAUCACAUUCAGGUCUGCACUACCACACCUUGCAUGCUUCGAAACUCUGACAGCAUACUGGAGGCCAUUCAGAAAAAGCUUGGAAUAAAGGUUGGGGAGACUACACCUGAUAAACUUUUCACUCUUAUAGAGGUGGAAUGUUUAGGGGCCUGUGUAAAUGCACCAAUGGUUCAAAUAAAUGACAACUACUAUGAGGAUCUGACACCUAAGGAUAUUGAAGAAAUUAUUGAUGAGCUCAAAGCUGGCAAAAUUCCAAAACCUGGGCCAAGGAGUGGACGCUUCUCUUGUGAGCCAGCUGGAGGUCUUACCUCUUUGACUGAACCACCCAAAGGACCCGGCUUUGGUGUCCAAGCAGGACUUUAAUUUACAUUCAACUGUGAAUAUUGUCACUGGAGAAAUAAAAAUGAAUCUCCUAUCUACAUAAA